AUGGACAAAGGCCAACGACCCUAUGACAUGCCACCACCCUACCCAGGACCCACCGGUUACUAUGGAGGCAUGAACAUGGCUCCCCAACCAGGGUUUCCAGCUCCUCCAUAUUCUGCCCAGAGUGGAGAUCCAGCCCAGCCAGGAGUCCAGCCUGCUCCCGGUGGCUAUCCUGUUCAGUAUGAGGGAGUGGUACCUACCACAGUUGUGGUCCAACCCCCUGGACUGACUGAUGUGUCAGGCCAGGCCUUUUGCCCCCACUGCCAGCGGCAGGUCUUGACUGUGACUGAGCUAAAAUAUGGUGCACAAGUCUGGAUUAUCUGUGCCUUCUUUGGUAUCUUCCUGUGCUGGCCCUUCUGUCUGAUUCCUUUCUGUGUAGACUCGUGUAAAGAUGUUCACCACCGCUGUCCCAACUGCCAGAACGUUAUUUAUAUUUUAAAUCGAGCUUAA